AUUCCUUCCCGGCGGGCCCGGCCCCAAACCCUCCUGCGGUCCCCAGCCCGAGCCCGCCACCCAGGCAGCCCUCGGAUCCCGGGCCUGCGCAGGCCCCCACCUCGGGAGCGCUAUGUUCCCCCGCCCGCUGACCCCUCUGGCGUCCCCAAAUGGCGCCGAGCCCCUGGGCCGGGUGCUGAGGCGGGCCCCACUGGGCAGGGGCCGGACCGGGCUGGGGGGGCCACCCCUGCUGCUACCGUCCAUGCUCAUGUUCGCGGUGAUCGUGGCCUCCAGCGGGCUGCUGCUCAUGAUCGAGCGGGGCAUCCUGGCCGAGAUGAAGCCCCUUCCCCUGCACCCUCCCAGCCGCGAGGGCGCGGCCUGGCGCGGAUCAGCCCCCAAGCCUGAGGGGCUGUCCCUGCAGGCCGGAGACUCGGACACACAAGUGCGGCAGGACGUCCGGAACCGGACCUUGAGGGCGGUGUGCGGACAGCCGGGCAUGCCCCGAGACCCCUGGGACUUGCCGGUGGGGCAGCGGUGCGCCCUGCUGCGCCACAUCCUCGUAAGUGACCGCUACCGCUUCCUCUACUGCUACGUCCCCAAAGUGGCCUGCUCUAACUGGAAGCGGGUGCUGAAGGUACUGGCGGGCGUCCUGGACAGCGUGGACGCUCGCCUCAAGAUGGACCACCGCAGUGACCUGGUGUUUCUGGCAGAUCUGAGGCCUGAGGAGAUUCGCUACCGCCUGCAGCACUACUUCAAGUUCCUGUUUGUGCGGGACCCCAUGGAGCGCCUCCUCUCUGCUUACCGAAACAAGUUUGGUGAGAUCCGAGAGUAUCAGCAGCGCUAUGGGGCUGAGAUCGUGAGGCGGUACCGGGCUGGAGCCGGGCCCAGCCCUGCGGGGGACGAUGUCACCUUCCCUGAGUUCCUGAGAUACCUGGUGGACGAGGACCCCGAGCGCAUGAAUGAGCACUGGAUGCCCGUGUACCACCUGUGCCAGCCGUGUGCUGUGCGCUACGACUUUGUGGGCUCCUAUGAGAGGCUAGAGGCUGAUGCCAACCAGGUGCUAGAGUGGGUGCGGGCACCGCCCCACGUCAGAUUCCCAGCUCGCCAAGCGUGGUACCGGCCAGCUAGCCCCGAGAGCCUGCACUACCACCUGUGCAGUGCCCCACGGGCUCUGCUGCAGGACCUGCUGCCUAAGUAUAUCCUAGACUUCUCCCUCUUUGCCUAUUCACUGCCUAAUGUCACCAGGGAGGCCUGUCACCAGUGACCAUGGGUAUGGGGCCAGCAGCUGUUGGGACUAGUUUCAACAAUGCCAACUUCUUGUGCUUCUGCCUGCCAUUCAGAGAAACCCUGGCUCUGGGACUUGGGGCUUGUCCAGAUGCUCAGAUAGCAGGGACUGUCCUCAGAAGGUCCUUGUUACCUGCAGAGGCUCAAAGAACUGGGCUAGGCAGGAGGCCUGCUGUGCUCCUCGGGGGGGGGGUGUCUUGGGGACCAAUGUGAUUCUUCAUGCCCUGGCAGGACCGGAUACCAGUUUGCUAGCAAAGCGACAUAUCUAAUGUAAAACCUGGUCCCAGGCUCUGGCUGCAGGGUUAUGCGAUCCACUUGGUCCACUUCAUUUAACCUGUGGCCAAACCCAGAGGUGGCACCAGUCAGGAGCAAGCAUGACCAAGCCAGGGGCCCUGUGGUUCUGAUCACUCUCUCCCACCUCCUGUGCCUCAGAACUGGAGUGAACAGUGGUGCCUUAUAAGUGACUUUUGUGCUUUUCUGCUCCAGACUCGAUAUUCCACACUUGCCAGGUUCUGUCCGUUUUUCAGGGCCCUUGCCUGGUAGCUCCAGGACCCAGCCCUGCGUGCAUCCAAAGACCCCUGUGCCCAGCCUCUUCCUAGGGCUCUGGGAACCUCCUCCUUAACCACCCCCGCCCCAGGUCUUCAAGGUUGCCGCUGGGCACCAAGGCCAGAGUGAGAGGGCUCUGCCACCUUUCUGAUGCAUUUAUUUAAAAUCCGUACUUUUUGAUAGAACCCUUAUAAGGGUUUUGUUUUCCUAAUAGCUGAAUUUUUAAUAAAGUUGUUUUGUAUA